CAUCUUUUCCCUUUUCGUUUCUAAAGAGGAUUGGUGUUUUUCCCCGACCCCAGAUACCCAGAUACCCAGAUACCCGAGUUGGCCGUUCCCCGAUUUCCCCAUCAGCUCACCCUGCCAACCCGCCAACUUCCACCUAAUUCCGCGCGUUCGCCUCCAUUCUCAAAUAUUGACUCGAAUUACUCGAAACCAUACGUCGCCUGGAUGAUCCGAAUACUCCUCCCUUUGGAUACAUCAUGAGCCUAAGAUGAUCCCCCAUUCCUCUGCCGGCGGCCAACCGUGGGGCCACCCUCUGCGGACCUUCAAUGGAGGUCCCGGACGAGUUGAUAAUGCGCAGAUGUUGGGACAAUAUGACCACCCCGACAGGUCAGCCUCACUACCACAGCCGCCAAUUCGACAACCCGCCGUCGUUGACCUGACCGCAGGCGGUCCGGAGUCGCAAGAUAGAGAACCGCCCCCGAAACGACCGAGAUUGGAUGUUCCGAGUGCAUCGAAUACAUCGGAUACUGGCGCAGCGGUGGGAGAAACGAGGGGUACUCCCGGAAGUGCAAUUUCGCGACCUGCAGUCUCGUGGCGCGGCCGUCCGGUCUGGUCAUUCCAGGCUGUCGUGUCGGAAAUCCCGAGCAAUGAGAAUCGGGGCGAUGGCGCUGCCGGAUCUAAGCCCCCAUCUCCGCCCCCGUUGCCGGCUCAGCCUUGGAUGAACAAUUUUGUGGCCGAACCUGAGGGAAGUGGUGUCGUGAAGUCGAGGGAAGGCUCCCCAGUCGGGGCUGUACAAACGACCCCGUAUUGCAUUGAGGUCCCUUCCGUUGCUCCGGUCUACAAAGGUCAAAAACCUGCCGAUUUCGCCCCAUGGACCGGAAACCACCCGGAGGACGUCCUGAGCGAGCAAACCGCGAAACAAGGCUAUUAUGACCGUACGCAGGUCUCCCAGAAUGAAUCGAAUACAGCGCGUCCCGCGUUAUAUGCGCAGCUCAAGAAUCGCACAGGGUUGCAAAUGCUUUCGUCCGUCUUCGCUGCGGCGUUAGAGAAACGACAAAGUCACAACACUAUUCACGCUCCGUCAACCUUUAAACCGCCCCCUCGAGUUACGCUCACCGACAACAAGCGCGAGGCGUGGCUUCGGGAUCUCGCCAACCCCUCUGUUCCGCUGCGAAGGUUGAGCCGAACCAUUCCCCAUGGUAUCCGCGGCAAGAUCCUCCUGGACCAGUGCCUUGGUAAAUGGAUUCCGGUUGCACGUGCUGUCUGGUUGGCAAAAUGUGUGGGUGCGAAUGAAAUUCGUGCGUUCAAACGAAAAGGCACCAGUGGUGCUUUGGCUGUUGGGUUAGAGGCGAAAUGGGUCCGAGAUUGGACGACGAAUGUCCAGCAAUUUGUCGAAGGGGUAUUUGCUGCCCCCAAGUCCUCGGAUUGGAAGGCGAAGAUGACAUAUGCAGUCGGGUUGACUGCUCGUUUAUUCUCCGAGAACUUACUGGACCAUGACCAUUUCCUUGAAUGGUUCUUGUCAUCUUUUGAGGCUGCUUCUAUCGGCACGAUUCCAAUCUGGCUUUUGAUGCUCGGCAUAUACUGGAAUAGUAUCAUGCGAUAUCGGCGAAGGGGACGAAGAUUGGCUGAGCUGCUGCUCCAAAAAGUGCGACAGGCAACUGAAGCUAAAUUAACUCAACUUCAACCUCUUAUCGACCGUCUUUCUCGCUUUAUCAAAAAGCUUGUUCUGGACCAUACAUCUUCGAUGAUACUCCCAAAUUCUUGGGAGACGUAUAAACAACAGGUGUCGUCUGUCCUUGAUUUGGGCAAUGAAGCAGAGAAAGCUCUUUUCCAGAGCCUCGCAGAGCGCAAUGCGCGGGUGCAACCACCCAAACACUCGAAACAAGCAACCCAACGCUCACCCCAUCAACGCAUCGUCCGACUUCUUGACUCCAUCCGCUCCGCUCAGGAUCCGUCUUCUAUCUUUGGCUAUCUUGACGCUUUUGAUGACAAGGCUGUUUUGGUCUUCAAGCUAUUGGAAUGGCUCUCUACCCCCUUCCGCCACGGUCUCUGCCGGGUUUACAUUGGUGUUCGCCUACUCCGCAAAUGGAAAUUGGCCGGCGUCGAUAUAGACAGUCACAUACUGGCCUUUCUCUCGCGUGGACAGAACAAUCAAAAGCUCAAUAUGGAUCAAAUCUAUCAUGUCGUCUCUGAACUUGUCAGGUCACAGACAUUCUCAGUUGGCCGCUAUCUUCAAUGGCUCAUGGCACGAGGCAUUGCCAAUGGAUCAUCUUCAGCCGAGGAGCGCAAGGUGAAGGACUUGCCAAUCGAUAUUGGACUGAUAGCGCAACUCCCUGUUGCCCGUCUUCCAGAACAUGUUGGGAACUUGCGGAGUACUCUGCUGACUCGCACUGGGCUAUCUGCCUCAGAAGAGAACGCAACUAUUGAUAAUGUGAAAGAUAUCAUCAGCCAACGUCUACCUGGAAUUUUCGGCGUCAAUGAAUCUGCGCCAAUGGAACCAGACUCAUUACCAUCAAACCUGCCUUGGGCUGUCAAAGCCGAAGUUGGCCAGUGGUUACGAAAGGCAAUUUCGGAACACAACCGGAGCGCAGAGUCUACUAACAGAGGAGCGUUUCCGGUUGGCAUUGCCUCUGUGGUGUCUGCGCUGACUCCCGCCGAGUUUUAUACCGUCCGCGAUGCUCUUGAAUCAUUUGACGACAUUUCAAUGUUAGCAGAUGUGUUGAAGUUUGCAUCUAGUUGUGGUGAUAGCACCGUUCUCGCCUCGGUUGCAGAUACCACAAACUGCCAUUUCGACUCUCUUUCCGUGAUUGGCGCCACAACUGACCUAUUUCGGAGACUCAUUGAUGCCUACGCCGGAAUUAAGAGGUCUGGCAUGCCGAGUCUUGAUCUGAUAUUCUCUCUGAUCGAACUUGGUUUGCACAUCCCGAGUGAACUCAACACUGUGUCCAUUCUUCGCCAGGAUCUCUCUCGCAUGGAGAACAAGUCAAUCAUGGCCGCAUCUUCUCCAGUCUCUGAUCACAUUCCAGAUGGUUUUGGUGGCGUCGAUCCCUUCUUUCGAGAGAAGCUAGAUCAGCUUUUGCAAUCAGGAAAUGUCAUGGAUGAGCCCACUCUAGACGCGAUUUUCAACACACUCAUAAAGCAUUUGGAAUCCGAUGAUGGCCAUGCAAACCUGUCAGCAAAUGACACCUGCCGUUACCUUGCACAGCUCAGGUCUUUCCAUCCAAAGCAUUUCGAUGGCAUUCUUGCCCGUUGGGUUUGUGGUCAUUUGCGAUCUCCCGAACGUACCGUCUUGCUGCGAAUUCUACCGCCUCUAAUUGGAGUUGGAUGCGUUACUAUCAGAGCUUUUUUGGCACUCGCAAAGAGACUCACACUCUCUAAGCCAGCAACAGUCCCCAAUGCAGCCCAACUGCCUGCUGACCUUGUCCAGCUUCUUGUCUCCGGUGACGAAGAUGGCAAGUCCUUUGAUUUGGUGUCCUAUCGGUUCCAGUUGGCACAGCAGGAAUUUCUCAAUAAGAACUCCGAGGAAGCGCUCAAAAUUGUUUGCGACGCCGCAUCCUCCAAUGCCGGAGGCUCUUCCACUGGGCACAGCGACAUGGAGUGCUCUAUAGUCAUGUUGUUACGUGAUCUUCUUGUGCGACACCCCGAAUGUGCGGCACGGAAUGGCAUGCAAAAGCUCAUCGACCAAUACCCAGCCGCUUUGAGUAUUGUCCAGAAAGCGCUUGACCUUUUAUUGGGCGUCGAGUCACAGUCUGACGGCAACUCAGUCCUCUCAAAGGUCGAAAGGCUUGCCUGUAUGACCGACGACUUCUCGCUCCCAUUUUGCCAGUUGAAGCUUCAGGUUCUAUUCCAUGCGGACUCAGGGUCUGAAGACCGAACCAAUAUUGUUGAUGCCAUGUUCAAAACUGCCGUAUCAGAUUGUCGUGCUCACAGACUUCACUGGGUUGACCUGGUUGCACUGAUGAGCCCGGACGCCGUACGCCAAAUCCGGGAACGUGCCGAGAAGGAGUUUUUCUCUAUCCCACUGCUUGAAGAGCCAAUAGGUGAUAUUCCUGAUUCGCCGGACAAGCUGGGAUCAUUGGAAACUGCCAAAAUGUAUCUUACCAUUAUCGAGGAGCUUGCGAGUAGCAUCCCCGAUUCCGGAGCUCCAUCUGUCGCUCCAGUGCUUGUGGAAAAGAUGGAUUCACUUCUCCACAAGAUUAUCACCAUGCACAACGGUACCCUUACCAAGGGUAUCGCCAACAUAGAUCGUUCAAAAUUCGAGCGUGCUCUUGCAUUCUGGUUCUCUGCUUUGCUGAGGAUCAUUGUCCUCCAUCGGUCCGCAUUCGCCCAACCGCCCCCAGCUCUCAAGAUCAAUCCUCUGCACGAACAGCUCCGACUUCUGACAUCAAUAUUCUGCAUUGCACUCUCGCGCCUUCCCGGAGAUGUCCUUCGACUAUUCCCUGCAGCCGAUUACUUCCCGCACCCGACCCCGGCUGAAGGCUUCCGUCCCUGCCCAGGAAUCCUCCUACAGACCCACGCCCUGGACGUGGCCGCAUCGCUAAUCGACGUCUUCCCAGACGAAGUCCGCCACCAAUGCGCACGGUUCCUGAAAGAGAAAUGCCCAUCCUUCGUUCCAUUCCAGAACGACUCUCGCUUCCUCUACCUCCUGGGCCCAAUGGCAGACCAAUACCCUGCAAAUGCCCAGCAAGUCUCAGCUCCCUCUCCGGCAGCAUCGGGGUCAACUCCAACCCCCACACCUGCUCUUUUCUCUAUCGUUGGAUCAUCUCCAGCGCAGCAGUCUGUCACAGCAGCGUCGGGACUGUCUACCGCACUGCCUGACUCGAACAGUAUGGCCAACCGACUUCGUCUUCAACACCGCGGUCGUGUUGUCGGUCCAUAUCCAGUUCGCCCUUGGGAACUACUUGAGGAUGCGGCGCCGUUCCUGGGAGUCAAUGAUACAGCCAUCAAUCUAGGCUUUUUCGAUGCUAGACGUGUGAGAGCUUGAUGAUCAUGCUGAUCACUAAUCCUUUGGGAGAUGUCACACUCCUAUACAUAUUUUACGCCCAUCUUCCCUUACCUAUGUAUCUUUCUCGUCAUAUCCCUCCCUCCGUUUGUAUUCCCAGCGUUAUCUUCUUCAUACCCGAUCACUUCUCAACUCCUGACCUCCACCUCCACCUCCUACCACCCUCACAGCAUAUCCUCUCUAUCCUCACAACCCACAUCUAUUUAACCAUGAGCGUUUGCAUAUGGGAAUUCGCCAUUUUCUUUUCUUCUGCGUUCUUUUCUUUUUGUUCGGCGUGCAUCACUAUCCCCCACGGGCAUUCGGUUUCGGUAUCUAUGGCAUGCAACCUGGCAUCGAGAAGCAUUUUGUACAUAUAAACCGGCUUUCGGUCUCGGCGUUUACAUGGGCGGGGAUCAAGUUGCCGCUCGGCCAUGUCAAUCAAUCAACAUUGAAAUCAGA